GCUUCGCGUUUCCUUAUCCCUUCUCCUUUCCUCCUUUCCCCUUCCCUCUUCCCUCCUCCGCAACUGAGUCCUGUCGCAGACUUCGUUUCCACGCGUCACUCAUCGCUCAGCACUCGGCAUUCACUCAUCACUCUCAAGCGUCCAGUGAUCUCGUCUCCGCUUUCCCCCCGAGCCUAUUUUGGCAUCUCAUCUUGAGGCAUAAUUGCCGCUCCUCUCGGCCUCAAUCAUGGUCCUCGAAGGCAGACUCCUCUUCACCGCCGUGACAUCGUUGACAUGUCUUGGCUUCCUUUUGAUCGGAUAUGACAAUGGCCUCAUGGGAGGACUCGUCAACUCGACGGCCUUCAAAACCACCUUCAACUCCCCCAGCCCCACCAUCACCGGCCUCAUCGUCGCCAUCUACGAAGUAGGCUGCUUCGUCGGCAGCGUCGCCGUCUCCCUUUUCGGCGAACAGCUCGGAAGAAAGAAAUCCAUCGGCAUCGGUGUCCUCAUCAUGAUCGUCGGCGCGUUGCUUCAAUCGACAGCUUACUCGCGAGCACACAUGAUUGUUGCACGAAUCGUUUCGGGAGUUGGAAUGGGAUUUAUCAAUUCCACUGUUCCUGUAUUCCAAGCUGAGUUUAGUCCGAAGGCUAGUCGCGGUCUCUAUGUAUGCAUGCAACUCUCGACCCUCAACUUUGGCAUCUUCCUCGCCUAUUGGAUCGACUACGGCUUCACGCAAUCCCACACAGCCUCCUUCACGUGGCGCGUUCCAUGUAUCCUACAAUGCAUCUUCCUACUCCCCAUACUACUUCUCCUGCUCAUCGUCCCCGAGACACCGAGAUGGCUAGCUUCCCACGCUCCUCCCUCCCAAUCUCUCUCCGUCCUAACCCGCCUCCACGAAUAUCACCGCACCAGCGAAGAAAUCUCGGCCCUUCACGCCUCCAUCCUCCAAACUUUUGAAUACGAAAAAUCCCUCGGUGCUGGCUCCUGGAAAGACCUGUUGAGAAACGACGACAUCCAAUCUCAACGACGCUUCUUGAUCGCAUGCGCAAUUCAGGCGUUCCAGCAACUCGGGGGCAUAAACGCUUUGAUCUAUUACUCCAACACUCUUUUCAGCACCUCUCUCGGCUUCUCUGAUCACUUGUCGGCACUGAUGUCGGGGUUCCUGCAGACAUGGUUUUUCAUCGCGUCCUUCAUCCCUUGGUUCCUCAUCGAUCGGAUCGGACGACGGCCGCUCCUCCUCUCCUGUAUCUCGGUCAUGAGCGCGAUUAUGGUCGUGCAGACAGGCCUUAUCUACAACGUCCAGAACAAAACAAGUAUUGCAAAUGGAUGCGGCAUCGGCGCAGCGGUCAUGCUCUUCCUCUUCGAAGGCGCAUUCACAAUCGGUUUCCAAGCCACAGUCUGGGUCUACCCUUCUGAAAUCUUACCGCUCAGACUCAGACAGAGGGGGAGUGGGGUUAGCACUGCUUGCAAUUGGAUAUUCAACUACAUGAUCGUGCAGAUCACGCCCCCAGCGCUGAACAAUAUUGGGUACAGAACAUACAUAAUUUUCGCGGUGUUGAAUGCGUGCUGGGUGCCAAUCAUCUACCUCUUCUUCCCAGAGACCAAAGGACUCGAGCUCGAAGACGUCGACAGAUUAUUUACGAAAGGGGAGUCUCUGGAAAGAUUGGAAGAAGGAAGUGGGGAAGAGGUGGGGAGGUUGGCGGAAGGGGCUGUGGAGAAGGUGUAAGGGCAACGGAGAAGGAUCGGGACGGGCGCGCACAAGAUCGAUGAAAAGAAUUGAAGCAAAAGGAGAAGGAAGCAUAACUUGGGAGUUUCGAGCACCUUCCUUCCACCAUUGACAACUAACCCCACCAUGUCCAGCCGAGCCGCGAGAAAUCUUUCCCUUACGGAAACAAGGAAAAGAAUAGAA